AUGAAAGACAGCGAAUUUGUUGGGGGAAAGCUAAAAUUAAAAGGGAUAAAAAUAAAAAAAACUGGAAAUAAAAAAAGUGAUAAAAAAAAACACACACAAAAUGAAGACAAAUAUGAUAUAAAAAAAAAAGUAGAUUAUGAUCAUUCAAAUAGAGAAAAUUAUUAUAAUAGUAAUGAUGAAAAUGAUGGAAAUAAUGAAAAUAAUGAAAAUAAUGAAAAUAAUGAAAAUGAUAAAAAUAAAAAAGAAAAACAUAAACCUGAAAUUAAUUUCUCAAACGACGACGAAAAUAUACAAGAAUUAUUAAAAUUAAAUUUAACCGAAUCGGAAAAAGCUUAUCAAUUAGUUUUAAAAAAAAGAGAAAAACAAAGAAUGGAAAAUUUUCUAAAAGAAAGUUACCGCCAAAGGUUGCAAAAGUUUAAUAAUAAUUUAGCCUCGUUAAGUGAGCACUUUGAUAUCCCAAAGGUUGGUCCGGGCUAA